UUAUUAUCGGAAUGCAUCUUCCAACAUUUUGCCUGGUCAUCCUAUGCUCUCUGACCAGUGGAAUUCAUAUCCGCUUCCAGGCUGAAAUCGACUGUGAUAUUCCUGGCGCAUACUGGUGUGGAGAACUCAAUGUAUUGGAGAAAGAUGUAAUAGUUCACGAUUUGCUGAAACAAGACAAAUUUUGCACAUCGGAACGUACAAAGACGGUUAAGUACACUAUCGACGCUGAGGACGACUUUCCUACAGAUAACUUCGAGAUCUUCUACAAAUUCAAUCAUAAUUGUUCUGCAAACGGAAAAACGUAUUGUGUGAAACCUAGAGAUCAUAAAGAAGUUGAUUUAUUUAGACCUAAAACCGUAUACUUCAACAUCGAAGCUCGCCCAAAUGCCCAGCCAUAUAGAUGUAAGGCGCCUUGGAUUUUUUGAAUGAUUGAACUUCUUGUAUAAAUGAUGUCGAGUUUCG